UCCCUCCCGACCCUGCUCUCAUUCCUUCAGGUCCCUCCAGCCGCCUCCUUCAGCAGGAGCGGGGGAUCAUAGGCAGAGGAGAAGUGACGGGAGAGCAGCAUCAGCCAGCAUCUCCCUCACUGCGGGACGCAGGGAGACAGGAAAGAGAGGUGGAGGGAUUAAGUUAGUUGGAGAGACCAGGGAGAGAGAGUUGGAGCUGUUUGGGUGGCAGCUGGGAGACCAGGAGCUUCUUUUCCUCCUUCCUCUUUCUGGCUGUGAGCUCUCUCUGGCUCCCCUUUUCUUCCUCCUCCUCUUCGUCUCCUCCGCUCCUUCUUCUCACCCCGACUCUCCUCCCAGCUCCCACCGUGGGGUCUCAGCUCUCCAUCUCCCUCCCCCCCUCCCUGACUCCCUACCUCCCCCGGGCGCUGCUUGGAGACUCCGGGCUGCUGCGCCGCCGGAGGAUGUCUCGGAGGGAGUCUCCGCCGCCGCCUCCGCCGCCUCCACAGCUGCUGGGGGGUCAGGGGGGCAACUGCGAGGACCGUCCGGAGCGCACGGAGCCGCUGUCCGACUCGGAGCGGGAGAUCAUCCAGGACACGUGGGGGCACGUCUACAAAAACUGUGAGGAUGUGGGGGUUUCUGUGCUCAUCCGGUUUUUUGUCAACUUCCCGUCUGCAAAGCAGUAUUUCAGCCAGUUCCAAGACAUGGAGGACCCUGAGGAGAUGGAGCAGAGCAGCCAACUGCGGCAGCAUGCCUGCAGGGUGAUGAACGCGAUCAACACUGUGGUGGAGAACCUCAACGACCCAGAGAAGGUUUCCUCGGUGCUGGCCCUGGUGGGAAAGGCCCACGCCAUCAAACACAAAGUGGAACCCAUAUAUUUUAAGAUCCUGAGCGGAGUGAUCCUAGAGGUGCUGUCUGAAGACUUCCCAGACUUCUUCACAGCAGAGGUGCAGUUGGUGUGGACCAAACUGAUGGGGGCGCUGUACUGGCAUGUGACGGGGGCCUACACUGACGUGGGCUGGCUCCAGGUCUCCAGCUCAGCAGUGUGAGAAAUCAGGAAGAUGAUAGAAGUUUUUGUUGGAGAAAUAAACAGCUGCAUGUGUGAAAGAUUGGGAGUUUGGUUUCACAGAUAUGGAUCAGAUUAACGCAGUAAUCCAUGCAACAUUCUUCCACACUUUGGUUGCGUUUUGGUGCUGAGCUUUUGUUGCUACGCUGCAGAGGUCAGCAAGAUACCGAGCGAUAUAACUAGACAUCACCUUAGCUCAUGUAAGUGGUGUUUUAGUACAUGCGUCUUAGCGGGGGGAAAAAAGGAUGUUUUUUUAGUACCCAUCAUCCAGUUCUUCUACAGGUAACUCCUGUUGCUCCAGAUCAUAGAAACCAUGACUCUGUGUGUAGCAUGAGUGCUUUCUUAUUAACGAACUGCCACGUGUUUAGGCACGCAACUCUGAAAGCUUUCCGAUUUCACUUAUUUCUGUGGUGGUCAGUCUUAGCUGUAUCUCAAGGUCUGUUAAGCUUUAGAUGAAAACACAUGUAGUUAAACAUGAAAACAGAUGUACAAAUCUUGUCUUUUCAAAUAAUAUUUUAUUUUCUGGAAGACUUAUCUUCUCAAAGAAGGCUAUAAUUAAAUGGCAAGAGUAUCUGAUAACA